AGUACCAGCUGACUCUGGUACGGUCUGACUGAUACUGACGCUGAAGGCUUGGAUGAUAACUGGGCAGAAUCUGAGAAAAGCAUUAACGGUUCCGAGACACGCAGCAAAGGGCGUUGUGUCGUAUACUAACUAAAACGUAUUAAAAAACAAACAAAAAAAAAAAAAAACAUUUCAUUCUGCAUUUACCAAGAUGUCAGGCAAAGACAGAAUCGAUGUCUUCCCGUCCCGAAUGGCACAGACCAUCAUGAAGGCUCGAUUGAAAGGGGCUCAGACCGGACGCAACCUUCUGAAGAAAAAAGCCGACGCCCUGACGAUGCGCUUCAGACAGAUUCUUCGGAAGAUUAUUGAGACCAAGACCCUUAUGGGGGAAGUGAUGAGGGAAGCUGCUUUCUCAUUGGCUGAGGCCAAAUUUGCAGCUGGAGACUUCAGCACUACUGUAAUCCAGAAUGUUAACAAAGCUCAGGUGAAGGUCCGGGCUAAGAAAGAUAAUGUAGCAGGUGUGACUCUGCCUGUGUUUGAGCACUACCAUGAAGGAGGAGAUAGUUACGAGCUGACUGGACUGGCACGGGGCGGAGAGCAGCUCGCCAAACUGAAGAGGAACUACGCCAAAGCUGUGGAGCUGCUGGUGGAACUGGCCUCCCUGCAGACUUCCUUCGUCACUCUGGAUGAAGCCAUCAAGAUCACUAACCGGCGUGUUAACGCUAUCGAACACGUGAUCAUCCCACGUAUCGAGCGCACGCUGUCUUACAUCAUAACUGAGCUGGAUGAGCGAGAGCGAGAGGAGUUCUACAGGUUGAAAAAGAUCCAGGAGAAGAAAAAGCAAAUCAAGGAGAGGAAUGAGAUCGAGAGGGUGGCUCGCUGCGCUGAGCUGGGUGUAGUAGAAGAACCAGCCAACAUGCUGAUGGACGAGAGGGAUGAAGACCUGCUCUUUGAGUAGCCACAAGGACCAGCAUGCCAGGCUCUGAAUUACAUGGAUAUCAGUUGUAUUUAUUGUGAGUGCUCAUGUUGUCCUGCGAUCUGUGGAGAAAAACAAACUUUUAUGUUUUUUUGUCUAACUACAGACUACUUCCCGAAAGGUGCUUUUGUUGUUGUUGUUGUUGUUGUUGUUGUUAUCCAGAAAUGUGUGUUGUUCAAUGCAAAAACUAUAAAAUAUUCAUGUUGUCUGCAAGUGAAGGUUUUUUAUGAUUUAAAUACCUGAUUGUUAAAUAUUCUGGAUUUACUAAUAAAGUCACUGAUCAAGGUCCAAUACA